AAAACAUUGAAAAGAAGACGACGAUGACUGGGGGGAAAAUUAAAUCUCGGAACUGCAGACCCAGGUGCAGAGCUACAGCUAGUGUUUGCCGCAGCAGCUAGUGCACGCUUGGUUAUUAUUCGGGAUGGGAAAGAAGAAAAGCAACUACGUAGCUCAACUAAAGACGUAUGCGCGGCUAACACGCUCGUCGCUAAAAUACGAGGACGUUGGUUCUGAGGGACCUGACCGCAUUAAAAGAUUCUUAAAGAGGGCUGUGAUCAAUGGUCAAGCCUUUCCCAUUGGUGUGGGGAAUAACAAAAAGGAAGCCAAGCAGAAUGCAGCUAAAAGGGCCCUGAGAAGUGUAAGCGAGAAGGAGAAUCAGAGACCAGUGACAGAAAAUGCUGCAAAAAAUCAUACUGCACCGGUUCAUCAGACAAGUACCAGUGACAUCAACUACAUGUGUUGGCUCAAUGAAUAUGGUCAGAAGAACGGGGUGACUAUAAGGCCUGUGGAGUCAACCAGAUCGGAACCAAAUAAUGCUUCUUUGUGCUGUAGCUUCGUGGUUGGUGAUAAGGAGUAUCCAGCUGCCUAUGGGAAAACAAAGAGGGAAGCAAAGGAGGAAGCAGCCAAGCUUGUAUAUAACGAGAUAUGUGGCAGUGAAACUACAGAGACUGCAGAUGAGAAUUACUACCAUACAUCAACUCAAGAAAAGGAGGAACUAAGUCAAAGUCUUUUUGAUAUUUGUAAUAAGACAAGAAGCGUCAAUGUGAACGACAGCAGCUUUACAGAGACAAAUUACAUAGGAAUUGUCAACCACUACUGUCAGAAAACAAAGAGCCCCCAUAUAUUUAUUGAAGAGAGGAGAUGCGGCCCGCCUCAUAACCCUCAAUUUUUCUACAAAUUAGUGAUCAACAACAAGGACUACCCUGUGGCUGAGGGUAAGACUAUCAAGGAAGCCAAACAAAAUGCAGCUCAGCUUGCCUGGUCUGCUCUUCAAGAACAGUCAGACUGGGACAGCAAGGUGCCCUCCUGGUCUGAUGGUGCACCAGACAGACCGUCCACACCACCAACUGCACGGGAGUCCAGUGAUGCAAAAUCAAGACGUGUGUCAACGACUUCAAGUGACUCAGUUUUCACAAGUUCAUCGAAUCCUCCCAAAGAUCAGGAUGUGAUGAUUCCUGAAAGAGUGAACACAGGAAGUCCCAGUGAGAUGACAUCGACCCAAUCAAAAACCUUCAGAAACAAAUCAGAAUUUGACUGCGUAGUGUGCCUCGGCAAAGGAGCCUUUGGUCAUGUUUUCAAAGCGAAAGAAAAACUUACGGAGAAGGAUUAUGCUAUAAAGAUUGUCCGCUGCAAAGAGAUCAGCAAAGCUCUACGAGAGGUGAAAGCAUUAUCAGGCCUUCAUCACUGCAACAUUGUUCAGUUACACUCGUGUUGGAUGGAUGAUUCAGGAGACCAAUGGGACAGUACAGAUGACAGUUGCAGCACUUCCCAGUCUUCUACCGAUAAUUCAUCAAUAAAGUACCUGUAUAUUCAGAUGGAGUUGUGUGACACCAAAACACUUAGAGUGUGGAUAGACGAGAAGAAUAUUCAGAAUGUGAAGAAAUCUCUGCGAAACUCCAAGAGAAGAGAAGAGAGUCUAACUAUUGCUCAGCAAAUAGUCAGUGGAGUCGAAUACAUUCACUCCAAGAUGCUCAUCCACAGAGACCUGAAGCCUACCAACAUCAUGUUUGGGCAAGAUGGGGAAGUGAAGAUUGGAGACUUUGGUCUGGUCACUACUGCUGCUGCUGAAGACAAUGAUGGGAACCUGAUCGAGAGGACUUUGUACAAAGGAACCCCAUAUUACAUGGCUCCUGAGCAAAGGAGCCAGAAGACUUAUGACCGAAAAGUUGAUAUAUUUGCUUUGGGGUUGAUAUGCUUUGAACUUCUUUGGAAAGUUUCCACUGGUCAUGAAAUGCAUGUGAUUUGGGAUGACGUCAGAGGACAGAAAUUUCCCCAAGGGUUUUCAGGCAGUUUUCCUGAAGAGUACAUCAUAAUAAGGCCAAUGCUGUGUGUGAAACCGGAAGACCGACCUGACGCAAGUACGCUCAAGACACACUUGGAAGAGUGCAGUCGCAGGCUCAACACUCAAGAAAUCGUGCGUUAUGGCAGCAGGACUGUUUGAUUAUCAAAAAAUAUUGCAAUCUGUUUUAUACUAUAUACUUCUCUCCCAUUUCCUUGUCUGAGCCCUUAGAAAUAGUAUCUCAGAUGAACGUGUCUUCCUGUCCGGUUGAUGUCAUACAGCUAAGUUUGUUUGUUUUUUUUUUUGUUUUUGUUUUUUUUUGAUGAAGAAUUAGUAAAAGUUUUGUUUUGGGUUGUUUUUUUUUGUUUUGUUUUUCUCAGAAUCGUUGAAUCUAUUGGCCCCUGCCUGCUGUCAGUUUUUAACAGUUCUUUAUCUAAUGGUUGUGUCCCUGAUUACUUCAAAACUGUUUGUGUACAACCUGGGCAGUAUCCUAUCCUCCCUCAAAAUUACAGACCAAUCUCCAAGUUAUAUUUUAUUUUUUUUAAUCAAACAUUUUAGAAAAAUACAGGCUUUUAACUUUAAUUUCAGUCCAGCUUUCGAAAAAACAUCACAGCACUGAGACUGCCCUUCUCAGGGUGACCUUUUAAUGGCUGCUGUUGACAGGAUGUGCUCAGUCCUCGUUUUUCUGGACCUUAGUGCUGUACAUGCUUCCCUGAAUCCUAUUGUAUUACAUGCCGAUGACACGCAGACCUACCUGCCAGUUAAAGCCACUGAUCUUGUCAGACUGAGUUCACUACAUGACUGUCUAUGUGAUAUCAAAAACUGGAUGUCACAACAUUUUCUGCAGCUUAACUCCCGCAAAACAGAGAUCGUUGUAAUUUGCUCCCAGCACAAAACAAAUCCUGCCAUCUGCUGGUUCCCUGUUGGAACACAUCAAGCCUGUUGCAAAGAAUCUUGGCAUUUGGUUUGAUAGUAAUUUAAAGGGACAGUUCACUCGAAAAUCGAAAAUCCCUUUUUUUUUCUCUUACCUAUAGUGCCCUUUAUCCAUCUAGAUUGUUUUGGUGUGAGUUGCUGAGUUUUGGAGAUAUCAGCAGCAGAGCUGUCUGCCUUAUUUAUUUAUUUUUCAAUAUAAUGAGACUAUAUGGCACUCGGCUUGUGGUGCUCAAAGAGCCAAAAUAAUACAUUUGAAAAACAACUUGUGCAGACUUGUUUUUAUCAUCUUAAUAUUUCCAAAAUCCGAUCUAUUGUAUCUUUCAAAGACAUUUUACACGCCUCGACUAUUGCAACUGCCAAGAUCAUACUUUUGAUCCAUGCUAUAUAUCUGACCUCGUAGUUGCACACGAGCCACGUAGUACUUUGAUCAGAGAGCUUUUCCUGAUUUUUAUGAUGUGCUCGUUAUGAAGUCGCUGCCUUGUGUGAAGCACUUCAUAACGUGGGUUUAGAAAAGGGCUUUAUAA